AGCAGGAUAUGCAAACCGCGCAUACAGUAGCAGGAAAUUAAAAAAAGCAGAGCUGUCGUAUUAAAUCGUUCUUUGGGGAAGUUGAUCUUUGAAACAAGAAAAUCACGUGCACCUACCCCUCCCCCUCUUCAUGACUGAUUGUAUUUUCUGUAACUGCAACUGUUGCAUGUUGUGUCGGAUAAUGCGCAGUCACUUCUCUCCUUAAAAGUCUGAAAAUGAGCGACCAGAAAAAAAACGCGUUAAAAACAAUACUCCAGCUGACGUGCCAACUUUUCUGGGUGGUGGGGUUUGUGGUGGGCCUGAGCGGGGUCUACCUGCUGAUGAAGUACAAGCAGAGCAGCGUAUUUCUCUCUCAAAGCUACAUCCCCCUGCCCGCUUACCUCGCUCUUGCCAGCGCCGUGUUGAUACUCGCCUGCGGGGGCCUCGGCUCCUGGCUGAGCAUCAGAGAUUCCACCUGUCUGCAGGGACUGUUUGUUUAUCUGCUAGUGUUGGCCUUUUGUCUGGAAAGUACGGCUUCAGCGUUGGCUUUUUUUCACUCUACAAAGCUGGAGUCAGAGUUAACUCCUCUCAGUGGAGUGUUUCAUAACUACACAGGCAGCGGCCGGGACCCUGACUCUCAGGCUGUGGAUGCUACACAAGCAGAGUUGCAGUGCUGUGGAGUGCAUGACUACAGGGACUGGCUGGAAACCUCCUGGUUUAACAGCACUGGAGGACUCUUGGUUCCCCACAGCUGUUGUAACUCUACUUUCACCUCCUGCAAUGGCGCUGUGGACCAACCGUGGCAGCUAUACUCACAGGGCUGCCAGGUGAAGCUAGAGAAGAGUUUACAGUUUGUGCUGAGAUUCAUCAUCUGGGGCACCCCGAUUGUUUUUUUCGUGGAGGUUGUUUUGUUUCUGACGAUGGCACAGCUGAUGACUGACCAAACCGUCAUGCAAUAUAGAAUACUAGGCAAAAACUAAAGUCACCGUUACUGCUUUGUACUUUGCACAAAAACUAUCAAACUACAUUAUGUCAUAGUCUAGUGUUUGAAUGCUCAUCCAAUUAUUGUGAAUUGUGAUUUUAAAGGAUUUUUCCUGAGCUGCAGAAGCAUGAGCUCUCCUCUGCUACACCACUUAUCACAGCUUUACUCCACGACACAACAAAGCAUGUGACAUAAAAGUAAUUAAUUUGUUGUGUAAUGAAGUCGGAUAUUUCUGAAACCAAAAAGAUUACUUUAGCUCAGGACAGGACCCUUUUUGCCUGUGCCUGAAUUUUUUUCAAACACUCCGGUAUAGCUUUGUUGAACGAAUGAUGAUAAAUGACAUAAUGGAUCGGAUAAUAAAGCAACAUUUUGUUGUUUCCACGGUUCAUGAUCGUUGGUGGUUAAGCACUUUUUGACUGCUGCUGUUUUUAAUUGCCAUGAUUCAUUUCUAAAGAGAAAAUCAACUGAACCUUUGGUUAGCUUGAACAGUGCUGUGGAUCACACUUUAUUAUCUGAAUACUAAUAUUUGUUUGACACACAUUUCAUGUCUUGUUCUGCACACUGUUCUCUAAAAUCUGAGUGUCUCAAUAAAUAUUUUCACAUCA